CUUCUAGAUCUUCGCAGGGAACUGCUCUGGCUGCACCGGGACGAGUUUUAGGCGGCAGUUUUUUAGCAGCUAAUGUUAGCUUUAGCUAACGUUAGCUGGACAAAUAACGGACCUCCCUGACUGGCUAACGUUAGCUGCCCGGUUACUCACGAUACUUGGAUUCUGAAAAACAAGUCCCUUGUAUAAUUUGUCAACAGCAGGCAUAGAUGGCUUCCACCAGAUACACGCGUUUCCUCAGGAAAGAGCUAAGAAAGAAGUCAGAGCUCGAUGUGGUUGUGAUCAGCUUGAGGGCAGAGAAUGCCUGUCUGAAGAAGACCCUGGUUCAACAAAACCGGCUAGCAGAGAGAUUCUUCUCUUUUCAAACUGUUUGGCUUAGGAGGUGUCAACUGCUCACCACCAAAGAAGAGGUCGCUCUGGAGUCAGAGCAGAUGAGUAAGAAAGAAGGGAAGCAGAAGGACGUGGGCUUGGAGGAAAACGAGGAGAGGCUGGAAUAUGACGAGCAGAGAGAUUCCUACGUGAGGGCGACUCUGGCCAGAAUGUUAUGGCUGGAGAAGCAGCUGAACGAAGCUAAUCAGGCUCGCUUACAGCAGAACAAUGAGGGCCAUUCAAAUGCUCUCAUUAGAGAAGAUGAGAAAUUCAGCCACAUGCAGCAGCACCAUGAAAGACUCUUACGGGAAGCUGAAGACGAGCAGAAGGUGCUCAGAGAGAACUUCAAAACGAUCGAGCGGAAACUGAUAAUGACCGAAAACGUGUGCCAGGAAAGAGAGAGGGAGGUAGACAAGCUAAAGCAACAGCUGCAGACUGAAAAUAUGAGCAGAACAAGUUCACAGGUCGAGGAUCAAUGCUUUGAGGAAGAAGAGCAAUGGAUGAGUGCUGAGAGCGGAGAUCUCCAGUACAGAAUGGAGGAGGAGAAAACGAGAGUGUCUGGCUUUGGGCUGCAGAAGUUAUUGUUAAAUGGUCAAGAAAAGAUUGCGGAACUGGAACGACAGAUCCAGAUUUAUUCACAAGACCUUGAGGAUGAGAAGCAGAAUUGUUCAUAUUUGAAGAGCGUUCUGAAGAAGCAGCGUAAAACUAACGGCCGUGUGGACAAACCGUCAGAGAGGGACCAGCGGGAGACCAGAGACGGCCCGACAUGGACCCCCACCGGCAACCUGCUCAACGAAAGCUUCCUGGAGUGUCCCAGCUGCCAAGCCGAGUACCCAGUCAGUCACCACCGUAAACUGAUGAGCCACCUGGAGAUCUGUCUCAAAUAAACCGGGCCCAGUGCUUCUUCAAUUGUGUAUCUUCUGGAUUAGACAUUGUUUUGUUAACCUGCUGUGUAACCAGAGGAACACGUCACCUUAAUAAACUACAUGUUCAGUUGC